GCGGUCAGCUGAGCGGCUUCGGCUAGUCGCGCGGCGCGCGUCACCCCGCCUGUCCAAGCUCUGCGGCUCUGACGCCGCCUCUACCCGGCUGUCCGUGGCCGGCGCCGCCUCUGCGUCCGGAGCGCUCCUCCAGGGGCGCGAUGCCCAGGAAGCAGUGACCCGGAGGAAAACCGAUAGCAGGCGGCCGGAACUGCUGUUAUGUCCCACCAAGCUCUCAGCGGCCUGACUGAAAAGGGGGACAGCCCUGAUAAAACCACAGGGAAUGGACCCCCCAGUCUGGCUCACCCCGACCUGGACACAUUCACCCCAGAGGAACUGCUGCGGCAGAUGAAGGAGCUCCUCGUUGAGAACCACCAGCUGAAAGAAGCCAUGAAGCUAAACAAUCAAGCUAUGAAAGGGCGAUUUGAGGAGCUUUCAGCCUGGACAGAGAAACAGAAGGAAGAACGCCAGUUCUUUGAGAUCCAGAGCAAAGCAGCCAAAGAGCGCCUGAUGGCCUUGAGUCAUGAAAACCAAAACUUAAAGGAAGAGCUUGAAAAACUAAGAGGGGAACCACAAAGAUCACUAGAGGACCCCACGGGUGACACGGGGUUUCCCAGGGCAGAAGCAGAGCAGGCAGUAAAGCAGCUGAAGGUGCAGGUGGCACGGCUCCAGAAUGAAAAGGCAGACCUGCUGGGCAUUGUCUCUGAGCUGCAGCUCAAGCUCAACUCCAGUGGCUCCUGUGAAGACUCCUUUGUAGAGAUUAGGAUGGCUGAAGGAGAAGCCGAAGGAGCAAUAAAAGAAAUCAAGAACAGUUGUCCAAAGCUCCCAACAACAGACUCUACUGACACGAACAAAUCUGUGCAAGGCACCAAAAAGUAUUUGGAAUUUGAAUUGGAAUUGACUGUAAGCCAGCUCCUGCUUUGCCUGAGGGAAGAAAACCAAAAGGUGGAGAGACUUGAAAUUGCACUCAAAGAAGCCAAACAAAGAAUUUCAGAGAUUGAAAAGAAAGCAAAUGAUCACUCUGAGAUUGAGACCCAGACAGAAGGGAACACAGAAAAAGAGAAUGAAGAGGAGAAAGACACAGAGACUAUUGGAAGUGCAGUGGAAGUGUUGAACCUUCAGGUGACGUCCCUAUUUAAGGAGCUUCAAGAGGCUCACACAAAACUCAGUGAAGCUGAGCUAAUGAAGAAGAGACUUCAGGAAAAGUGCCAGGCCCUUGAAAGGAAAAAUUCUGCAACGCCAUCAGAGUUGAAUGAAAAGCAAGAGCUGCUUUACACUAAUAAGAAAUUAGAACUCCAAGUGGAAAGCAUGCGAUCAGAAAUCAAAAUGGAACAAGCAAAAGUGGAAGAAGAAAAGUCCAAGUUUGCCAUUCUGCAGUCCACACACAACAAGCUUCUUCAAGAACAUAAUAGUGCACUGAAGAAAGUUGAAGAACUGACAAGGAAAGAGUCAGAAAAGGUGGAUACAGUGGUGCUGUGGGAACUAAAUGAGAAACUGGAGUUGGCGGAGCAGGCACUAGCCUCUAAGCAGCUGCAGAUGGAUGCGAUGAAGCAGACCAUUGCUCGGCAAGAGGAGGAGCUGGACACCAUGGCUGUCCUUAGGGCUCAGAUGGAGAUUUACUGUUCUGAUUUUCAUGCUGAAAGAGCAGCAAGAGAGAAGAUUCAUGAAGAGAAAGAGCAGCUGGCAUUACAGCUGGCAGUUUUGCUGAAAGAGAACAAUGCUUUUGAAGAUGAAGACAGCAGGCAAUCCUUGAUGGAAAUGCAGAGCCGGCAUGGGGCAAGAACCAAUGACCUGGACCAGCAGGCCUACCUCGUUCAGAGAGGAACUGACAAUAGGAAUUGGCGGGAACAGCAACCCCAGAGUAUUCCGAUCCAUUCUUGCCCCAAGUGUGGGGAGGUCCUGCCUGACAUAGACACCUUACAGAUCCAUGUCAUGGACUGCAUCAUUUAAGUGUUGACGUGUCAUCUUCCCAAACUCUUGGUAAAUGUCAGGGUUUUUUGCCCUUGAAGACCUGUACUUUUGUCUUAUUUGUUUUCCCUUAAAUAUUCUGCCUCAUUAUCCUUGUUUUAGGAGAAAGAAAGUACAUCUAUUCUAAAAAAGAAAACUUUGUGAAUUUCCAUGAACCCACAAAAUACAAUGCUUGGCUACCACCCUUCAGAUACUGAAUUCUUUAGUUUUUGCAGUUUGUGGAAGCAGCUGCACUGUUCAUGCAAUUUGCCAGCAUGGGAAAUCAUGACAGAGCUUAUGGAAUAGAUGGCAUUUUGGAUUUUGAUCAAUUUUUGCUUUUGUUCUGGUUUUCUUUUGUGUUUUGGAUCCAAUUAUAGGCUUGUUCAGCCAGAUGGUUUUUUGGUGGAAGGGGGACUGAACUCAUCUUUUGUGUUUUGAGACAGGAUUUCACUAUGUAGUUCAGGCUAGCAUUGAACUCACUAUUUA